AUGAAAAUAUUUGAAUAGAGUUUUGGUAAAUAAGAAAUGUUACAAAAGACAGCAUAAUUCUUUAAUCCAUAAAUUGGAAAAUUGAAUCAAAACUUUUAAAAAAGAAAGAGGGAAAAUUCUUUGCCUUAAUAAAACCUUGAGGCUAUCAAAUCAAUAUUAUCUAAAACAAAAAUACUUUAAAAAAAUGUCCUUUGUAGAAAAACUACUAUUCAUACAAUAAAUGAUUGUAAAUAAGAGAAUCUCUAUAGCUAUUAAAGUACUAAAUAAAGUACCAAAUAAAGUACUCAAUAAAGUACAUAAGAUUCCCAAGAUUUUAGCAAUAAUAUUCCUAAAAUUUAAGAUUUGAAUUUAUAACAUUCAAGUAAUCCUUUUAGUGUUCUUAAUUACAAAUCUACUUUUAAUAUUAGAAGGCCUAUUAUAAAAGAAUAUAGUAGUUGGGAAACACAAUAACUAGAGAAUAAUUCUGUAAUCAGCAAAAUUUCCAAUAGUUUAGAAGGGAAGAAAUAUAUAAUAAAAGUAAAGGAUCCAUUUGGAUAAUCAAAAAAACAACCCAUUUAAACAUCAACAAGAAAAUAUUCUUCGAAAUCAUUCGUAAAUUAAAAAGCACAGAUUAAAUUGGUAAAUAGAAUAUUUUCAUCAAGAUCAGAGAGCUUAUAAAAAUGA